GGAAGUAUGUGACAUCAUCAAAACAGUGUACGCCUGGGUAGCGUCUGUUACCCAGUCUGGAUUACUACAUUUAGGGAUCGUUUGAAUUGCAAACGCUAUGUUCCGUUUCAUGCGUAGCGUUUGUCGCUUUGACUGACCGCUCGGUAUCGAGUGCGACGGCUUUGUUUAUUUCCUCUCGAUAGUCAUAUCGAAAACACUAUGGUGGAGCAGUCGGAUCGUGCUCCGCUGCUGGACUGGGAGGAGGUUCCCCCGGCCGAAUUUGCCCCAACGGCUCCAUCACCGGAGACUGAGGAUUCAGUACAUUCCGGUCUGUCUAGCUACCCGACCGAGGGCGGUGUACGGGCAGAUAUCAACCUGAACGCAAGCCCGGUGAGACCGAAUAGUGUACCAGCUGUUUCAGGUGAAAGUGCACACUCUCCCCAGAAGCACAGCGGCCCGGGAGGAGAUGCUUCCGCCACUGAUGAAGAGGGAGACUGCGCCUUUCAUGGACUGUCAGUCAGGGAUCGGAGGAUCACUGGAUGGGAAGAAAAAGACCAAAUUGUUGCAGUGUUUGUUGUGACUUUCGACACAAGAUCUGGGAACAUGAUAGAAUGGUGCCUACCUCAAGAUGUGAAUCUGGAGGGAGUAGAGUUCAAGUCUAUGGCAAGCGGCUCUCAUCGGAUCUCAAGUGACUUCAUAUAUUUUCGUAAAGGCUGUUACUUUGGACUAGCAUGCUUUGCCAACAUGCCCUUGGAGAGUGAGCUGGAACGAGGAGCUCGGAUGAAAUCUGUAGGGAUUUUGUCUCCUUCUUACACACUCCUAUACCGUUACAUGCACUUCCUGGAAAAUCAAGUCCGGCACCAGUUGCAGUGUCCAGGUCAAUACUCUCCACUGGAAGCUUUCUACGAGGAUAAAAAGGCAGUGUUGCCUCCGGGAGGGAACGGUUUGGUCACAGACUGCCCGACCAGUGCUCUUGGGCCCAUAGUCAACCGCUGCAUGCAUCCAGAGAUGAAGAUUACACACCCAGCUGGCUGCAUGUCCCAGUUCAUCCGCUUCUUUGGAGAGCAGAUCAUGGUGCUGUGGAAGUUUGCUUUGCUCAGGAAACGCAUCCUCAUUUUCUCUCCUCCCCCUGUCGGUGUGGUCUGCUAUCGGGUAUACUGUUGCUGCUGCCUUGCUAAUGUAUCCAUUCCUGGGAUGGGCAUUUCUGUUCCGGAGUUCCGCCCUUUCUUCUACAUCAAUGUUGCAGACAUCUCCGCUCUUGAGACUGAGCUGUCUUACGUGGCCUGUACAACAGAGAAGAUCUUUGAGGAAAAGAAGGAGCUGUAUGAUGUCUACAUUGACAAUCAGAAUGUAAAGACACAUAGAGAGAGCCUCCAGCCUCUGCUUAGACUCAACAGUGCGGACCGAGAGAAGUAUCGCAAGCUCUGUGAGCAAAGGCAGAUGCUGCUGUACUCUCAGGAGGUGGAUGGAGACUGCACAUCUAAUGAGGAAGACCUCUUCAUUUUGUUUUUUAUGGAGCAAAACAACAGAAUCUUCCAGACCCUGUCUGAGGUGGCAGGGAGCUCCGAUCCUACCCUGACUGCUGAACACGUGAGAGCCAUGGGGCUGGAUCCUCAGUGUGACCGCGGUUUUCUCAUCGACCUGCUGGAAAUCUACGGCAUCGACGUCAUGCUGGUUAUCGACAACCCCUGCUGCCCGAGCCAUUCCUGACCCCUCUGGACUGCACUGAUACUGCUAACACCAAAAGGUGCAAUCCAUCUGCAGGCUUUUUGUGCACUCUGCAGCCAGUCAAUCCAGUGACGUCUUUCUGCUUGUCUGUCUAUCUUAUGUGCUUAGUAUCCUUCUAGCCAUCUUGGAUUUCUACUCGACUUGUUUCCAAAACAUGAUCUCUGUGCCUCUCUCUACUGCUUUUUAUUGUGUGGUCUUCAGUUGUGACUUUGUUCUUCUAGCCAGUGCUGUCUGGGGGAACUGAUGUGAAUAUAAAUCUGCUUCACUUGGACACCAGAGAAUUGGAAAAACGGUCCAUCAACGGGGCAACUCUCACUUCCCGGAUCCACGUAUUUAUGCUGGUAACAGCGGUUUGGUAAAGUCUGCUUUGAAUGUCAUAUCUGUAUUUCUAAAACUUUUAUGGAUGUUGCACACAGUACACACAGUACUGUGAUGGUGAAGAUUUUCACAAUCUUUGCCACACUUAAUCAUGUACAUGUAAACAGUCAUUUCAUUUUGGGAAAAAACAGACAUCAGUCACUGUGUUUGUUGUGUUACUUGUGGAUUUUUAUUGUGCAUGGACACAUAGACACAAUCAGUUCACUACUGUAGUUUGGCACAGCACUUAUUGAUGUAUAUGAAUGGGAGUGAACAACAGUGUAGAAGGUUCUCAGUCAUUAUUUCACUACCCAAAUGAUAUCUGAUGAAUGUGACUGUCAUUUCAAUGCUGUCUACGCCAUUCUCUGUUCAAGCAUUUGCUGUUAUUACACUUACUAAACGGACUGAAAACUCAUGAAUUGAAGCAUAAAAUGUGUAUUUGUUCAUUCUGUACAGGCCUUUAAUCACUGUCACUCUUGGUAUUGAAUGUAAAUUGUACAUUUAAUGCACAGUCUGAUGCACAUAUGAUUUAAACAGACACAGAAAUGUUACAUUCAGCUUUUUGAGUCCCUUAAUUUGCUCUAAAGAAAUGAAUGUGAUUCUAUUCCCGUCUGUCAUCAGUGAAUGCUCCUGAUUAUUACCUGUUAAAGACUUUGAAUAUGUAUAUACUUGGGGUUUCUUAUUUAAAUGUAUUUGGGUCGAUCAUUUCUGGAGAACAGCAGCAAACUGGCCUCACAAGGCUGAUUGAUUGUGGUUUUGUGUGCGUUUAUAUGUUCAUCCUGUGAAAACCCUAACUGGACACUUAAUUAUUCAAAUUAUUCAUAAAGCUGGUGAAGUUUAAAAGAAAAGUAUUUACUUGACCUUUUGAGUUUACAGUUUCCUUUCAUCUAAUUUUCAGCCUUCUAAUAAAAUAAUAAUUGAUUAUUUGAGAAUGAGUGCAGGCACUCGGGUUUGUCACAGUUUGAUGGAUGAAGUUCUUUAAAUUACGUGAAAUAAAAUAGUUAAAUUAACAAUAAAUAAUACUGUUGCUUAUAACCUAGAUUUGAUUAAAUGUGAAUAUUGUUUUUACAUUUCUUAUCUAUCAGAGAACUUUCUGUAUUAUAAAUCUUUGAAACCAUCCUGUUGUAGGAUGUUGGUUAGUUAUUUAGUGUCCUAUUGUAAAUGAAUGGAAAUGUAUAUUAUUGUACAGGUUGUCUGGUAUUGUGUAUGUGUGAUAUUUUUUGUGAGUUAUCUAAGUGUUGCACAAGUCUUUGUCACAAUAACAAGCGCAAAGAAUGUUGGGUUUUACUCUACUAGUAUCACAAAGCACUAGUGUAAUGCCUCUGUCUUACACACUACCUAUACAGUAAUACAAACUAACAGCAUGUGUCUGUUGUUUUAAAGCCAGUGAUUCUUAUUCACUGCCAUUUUGAAAUAAACGGUUCCUUCUUUUCUA